AUGAACCACGCCCCUCAGGAGAUGUAUUAUCCUUCACAUAUGUCAGCUGGUCAACCGCCACCACCACAGACUGUCACGUCAGGCAACAUGGGCCACUAUCCCCAACAGCACCAGCAGCCACCGCUGUUGCAGCCAGGCCCAGCACAGUAUUCUCCUGCGCCAGGACCCUACAACCAAUAUGGUGGCUACCAAAAUGGGCUGACAUCGCCCCAAUCAGCUGGCCAUCAAGUUCCAGGCUCAAUGAGCCAGCAGGGUAAUGUGUUGCCAUUGCCAGCAAUGUCCGCGGCACAACCUAUGCCAGGCCCUGGUUAUGGAGGUACCCAGCCAGGUUUUGAUACCACUGGGCAAGUGGCUCCUCCCGGAAUGAAGCCAAGAGUCACCGCUACGUUAUGGGAAGAUGAAGGCAGCCUCUGCUUUCAAGUUGAGGCAAAAGGAGUGUGCGUUGCCAGACGCGAGGACAACCACAUGAUCAAUGGCACAAAACUGUUGAACGUGGCUGGAAUGACGCGAGGCCGCAGAGAUGGCAUUUUGAAGAGUGAAAAGAUGAGACAUGUGGUCAAAAUUGGCCCAAUGCAUUUGAAAGGCGUUUGGAUUCCAUUCGAGCGCGCACUUGACUUUGCAAACAAGGAGAAAAUUACGGAGUUAUUGUACCCUCUAUUUGUCCAUAACAUUGGCGCUCUUCUGUAUCAUCCCACAAACCAGACCCGUACAAACGCGGUAAUGGCAGCCGCAGAGAGACGAAAGCAGGAGCAGAACCAGAUGAGAAACACCCAAGCUCCUGGUCUCCCAUCUCUUCACCAACACCACCACCACUCAAUGAAUAACUCAAUUGGUGGUCCUUUGCCAGGUCCCCAGCACUCAAUUGCACCUCAUCCGAGUGUGGGACGGCCAGGGAUCGACCGGGCACACACUUUCCCAACUCCGCCAACAAGCGCAUCUAGUGUGAUGGGGAACAUGGGUAGCUCGGAUGGAAACUUCAAUUGGGGAGCUCCAGGGUCGAUGGGGAGUGUUCAAGGUACAAAUCCCCUGUCUAUUGACACGGGUUUAAGUAACGCACGCUCAAUGCCUACUACUCCAGCGACGACCCCACCUGGAACCACAAUCCAGAGCAUGCAACAAUACCAGCAGAGCUCGCAACAGCCAUACGAUACUUCGAGGCAGAUGUACUCCGCGCCUCCACCUCAGCAAAACUCGUACCCUCAAUCUGCGCCUGAUCAGCAAAACAUCCGCUACUCGCAGCCAAGUUCGUACAUCAAGAACGAAAUGGGUCCCCCAACUGCAAGAGCUCCAGGAUCUGAAGCAGAGCAUCAUGAUCCCAAAGAUAGCCAAAACGGUAUGAUCCACCACAAUCAACCUCAAGGUCAGGUUGGUCACAGCCAGGCUGAAGAUGAAGCAGACCAUGAGCACGAGUCAGAGUACACCCAUGGCAACCCUACAAAUUAUGAUUCGAACCGAGGAUCAUACAGCUACUCCAACGGACCAGCAGUUGGAGCCUUGCCUGGAGAACAUGCACACCUCUCCCCCGAAAUGACUGGGUCCCCCAACCACCCAGCAUCUGGACGAGCAACGCCAAGAACGGCGUCUGCUCCUCAGCCAUACUACACCCAACAACAAGGGUACAACACACCUCCACGAGCCCAGCCACCUUCCAGUAAUCUGUAUAAUGUAAUGAGCAGUGAGCGUGGAACCGCAAAUGGCAGUACUGGAGGUGAUGUUUAUGCGCCUCAAUCGGACAUGAGCAAUUCGAUACCGAACGGCUAUGCAGCCCAACAACCUGUCAUGAACGGUGUUCCUGCGAGCAACAAGCGCGGAAGGGAUGACGAAGAUGACAGACCUUCCAGUAGAGGACCAGGUGGAGACAUUGACUUGAAGAGGAGAAAGACGAUCCGUGAAGGAUCCGUCUCAGGACCCCCAAGCUACGAUGCCGCCCCUUUGAACAGAGCUCGAUCGACUAUCACCCAGAGACGGCGAUAA